GCCCCCCCCCCCCAGCCGAGCCAUAAAGCCCGGCGUGUGGAACCCCCGGCCGUCGAGCCUAGCCUAGCCUGCCAAGCAAGCAAUUUAGCCGUGCAAAUUGGCCGCAGCCUCUCAAGCCAUGGACGAAGACAAGGUAGUGCAUCUCAUCGACCCGAUGAAUAUGAAUUUUUCGUCCAACGCCCCCGCCAGGGGCAAUACUGCCUGCGGAGUGCCUGCUACCGUGAGAGACAUGUCCGUUGGUUUGCUCCUCCUGGCACUCGACAUCGGCUUGAUCCUCCUUGUUUCAAGGCUCCUCCACUUCUUCCUGCGCCGGAUAAAGCAGCCCAUGGUCGUGUCCGAGCUCCUUACAGGGUUGAUAAUCGGGCCGUCGGCAUUAGGGAAUAUCAAAUUUGUGGAGCAUAUCAUGUUCAGCGAGACGAUUAUGGAAGUGAUCGGUUUCAUGGCAACUGCAGGCCGCGUCCUCUACAUGUUUUUGGUAGGCCUGGAGAUGGACCCGACCAUCUUCUGGCGCAUGGGCAAGAAGGCGGGCUUUUUGUCAGCUGGCUGCAUCACCGUGUGCAUCGCCCUCAGCGUGGCUUCCGCCCCCGCUACAGUGUCCCUCAUGGGCAACAGGAUGCACCUCUUCUACGGCGUGGCCAUCUUCUCCAUCCUACUGGUCACCACUGCUUCCCCCAUCAUGGCACGAGUGACGGCAGAUAUGAAGCUGGCCAUGUCGGAGAUCGGCCGCCUUGCCAUGUCGUCCGCCAUCAUCAACGACGUCUUCAGCCUCUUUGUGGCUGCUGUACUCUUCAACCAGCCCGUGCAGCAGGAUUUCAGCCCGAUCAACCUGAUCGAAUCGGUAUUCCUUGCGUUCGGCUACGUCCUCGUGCUAACCAUCAUCAUCGUCCCAUUAAUCAACUGGUUCGUUAGGCGUAUGGCCAAGAAGCAGCCGGAUGUGAGUGUGUUCCAAAUACUGGUGAUCGGAGGGAUGGUUUGCGGCCUUUCCUUGUUGUCGGAGAUGGUGGGGUUCAACGGCAUGCUGGGGGCCUUGCUGAUGGGCGUCAGGUUCCCGAGAGAGGGGCGGAUGGCGCAUCUGCUCCUCGACAAACUCCAGUAUCCCAUGAAGACCUUCGCCCUGCCUAUCUUCUUCACCUACAACACCAUCCAGAUCAAAGUACAGGAGCUGACCGGCCGGUUUCUGGCCCUCACGGCCACCAUUGUCGGCCUUUCCACCCUCGGCAAGGUGGUCGGGUCCCUGAUGGUUACUACUUACUUGAGGAUGCCAUUCCACGAGGGCCUAGUCCUCGCCUUCCUGCUCAACCUCAAGGGACACAUUGACAUUUUGGUCGCUGCAAUGAUGGUCCAAAAACGGGCAAGGCUUCCUUCCCUUCAUAUUAUACUGUGUUUAUACUCUGGGAUAAUUGAUAUCCACACGGUCCAUUCUAGAGGUUACUUGCAGGCUGGUCCUAUAGCAGUAGAAGUAACAUCACCUUUGAAAUGUCUCACACACGAAAGAUUAAUCUCCUUAAGCACAAAGGCCAUGGCCGAUUAUCGUUUCCUUAUUUUUUUUUGCUUUUUCCCACCUCAUUGUUUUUUUUCUUUUUGGCAGGUGGUUACCACGGGUGAAAACUCAGCAGUGAUGAUGGCGAUCUUGGCCACUACCUUCAUCUCAUGCCCGCCAGUGGCGCUUAUCGUGGGGCGCAUCCGUCGUGCCCAAAACUAUGUGCAUAUGGGCCUCGAGUGGGAGAGGCCGGAGCAAGAGCUCCGGUUGCUCGCCUGCGUCUAUGGGACGCACCAAGUCCCGGCGACCCUCAACCUCAUUGAGGCGUCUCGCGGACCUCAAAAGUCGCCCAUUGUGGUCUUCUGCAUGCACUUGGUGGAGCUCACGGACCGCACCGUGGCUGCCCUCCUCUACCAGACUGACUCCGCUACGUUCCCCUUGGAGGCCCCCGGCACGUCCUUGUCGACCCAGGCUCAGGACCCUUCAAAGGAGGCAGCAGAGAUUAUAGGCACUGCUCUUGACACGUACUCGGUCGAGAGUGGCAUCAUCGUGCGCAAAAUGUCAGCAGUGUCCUCCUUCUCCAACAUGAACGAGGACAUCUGCAGCGCAGCGCGGGAAGCUCGCAUCUCCAUUGUCGUGCUUCCAUUCCAUAAAUCACAGAGAGUGGACGGCAAGAUGGAUGCUGGCAACCCCGGGUUCAGGACAUGCAACCAGAAGGUGUUGCGCCAUGCCCGGUGCUCGGUGGGGGUGCUGGUGGACCGAGGGCUCGGGGGAACUGCCCGAAUAACCGGUUCUCAUGUGUCGGUCCAUGUGGCGAUGCUAUUCUUUGGGGGGCCCGACGACAGGGAGGCCCUGGCGUUCGGGUGCAGGAUGGUGGAACACCCCAGCAUCAGCUUCACAAUGGUACGCUUCUAUCCUGCAAAGGACAGUGGCCAAUCGGUGAUCGACGUCCAAGGCGAGCACAGCGACAUGAAGAUACUCGCCACCAUCUCCGAGCAGGACAGGGAAAGGCAACUGGAUGAGGCUUUCAUCGAUGAUUUUCAUCACAGGUGCGUGCCUAAAAUGUACUCGAUCAUAAUUUUCCAUGAAAGGUAUGUCGAGACAAGGCGGGUGUCGUACAUGGAGAAGGUGGUGAGCAAUGCCUCGGAGACGGUGAAUAUUCUGCGGUCUCUGGAGGGCAUGUACACGCUUGUAAUUGUGGGGCGUGGACGAUGGGGACUCUCUUCAAUCACCGCCGGGAUGACAGACUGGGAGGAAUGUUCGGAGCUCGGACCCAUUGGCGACUUACUUGCAUCCUCUGAUUUCUGGGUGACAGGUUCUAUAUUGAUUGUCCAGCAGUAUCGACCAUCCCAAAAUGAAAAUGACGACGACGACUUUGUGCUAAUGUAGAAAUGGAAAAUCUUGUUUUCUUUAUUUUUUUUCAUUCUUUUAUUGUCUGAUAGGCCAUUACAUUU